AGAGGCCCGUGAGAGUCUGGGGCCACACGGAGGCCGCGCCCAGCUUCUGGCUUGCUGCUGCGGACGGCUCCAGACGUCACUUCCUCUGAGAAGCCUUCCCCUUUUAUCAGGACCCAUGUGGGCCUCUUUUCCACCUGCUCACGGGGUCAUUUCCCUAGCCCCUUCACACCUACUGUCAUUGAUACUUCAAACCAUCAGCAUCCUAAUGGUGGGGUCCACAUGAUCCUUAAGGUCCUAAGGAUGUGGCAGUCACUGGCCUUCCCUCCCCCUUCCCUUCAGGGAACUGUGGCUGGGACCUCCCCUCUGGCUGAUCAAGGAGGAGGAAGCAGUGAUGUCUGCCUUAGGGACUGCAGCUCCAUACCUGCAUCAUCCUGCUGACAGUCACAGUGGCCGGGUCAGUUUUCUGGGGCCCCAACUCCCUCCAGAGGUGGCAGCAAUGGCCCGGUUUCUGGGAGACCUGGACAGGAGCACAUUCAGAAAGUUGCUGAAGCUUGUGGUUAGCAGCUUGCAGGGGGAGGACUGCCGAGAGGCCAUGCAGCGCCUGGGUGCCAGUUCCAGCCUGCCAGAGGAGCAGCUAGGUGCCCUACUUGCUGGCACACACACACUACUCCAGCAGGCUCUCCGGCUUCCCUCUCCCAGCCUGAAGCCUGAUGCCUUCAAGGACCAACUCCAGGAGCUCGGCAUCCCCCAAGACCUGGUUGGGGACUUGACCAGUGUGGUUUUUGGUGGCCAGCGCCCCCUCCUGGACUCUGUGGCCCAGCAGCAGGGUUCCUGGCUUCCCCACAUUGCUGAUUUUAGGUGGAGGGUGGAUGUGGCAAUUUCCACCAGUGCCCUGGCCCGCUCCCUGAAGCCAAGCAUCUUGAUGCAGCUGAAGCUUUCAGAUGGGUCAGCAUAUCGCUUCGAGGUUCCCACAGCCAAGUUCCAGGAACUGCGGUACAGUGUGGCGCUGGUCCUGAAGGAGAUGACAGAUCUGGAGAGGAGGUGCGAGCGCAGACUGCAGGACUGAGCCUCCCUUGUCAGCACUGCAGCUGGUACCAGAAUACAACUUGCAUUUCCUCUAAUUGGAUGCUAGACUGCAUGUCACCCCUUCCCCAGGUUUUUUUGUUUGUUUGUUUGUUUCUGAGUGUGGUAAAUGACAGUCUGGGGUCCAAAUCAGGGCCCUCUGAAUAUGCCUUUGCUCAGCCUGACCCCACUAAGCAUCUGGGCCCUUUUUCUUGUUUGCUUUCAUAAAUGCUGUUUUUAG